UAGUCAACAACAGCUCCAAGUGGAAUAUUGUACAGAUUCUUGAGUCGCGGAAAAAUUUCUUACCAUCGAAAUCCGGUUUUAAUUAGAUGCAUGGUUAGUACUUUGCCCUUGAAAUUUCGAAAACGUCGACUUCCUUAUACGAAUGGUUAUAAUCGCACUGAGAAAUGAAGAAAUGGUCUGUCAUCAGGCUGACGAGCUUGAUAGGAGGACUGGCAGCUAUCACUAGCAUUGUUACAAUUAUUUUUCUCAUCAAAAAAAUCGAAGGAGACUAUACAAGAGAUGCAGUCAAGCCCCAUCAAACAGACAGCCAUGAGCUAAGAUUGCUUUUGGAUGAAGCCAACAGAGAUAAUAACCGCAGAAUUUCUACGGUGGAAGAAACUUGCAAACGUCGCCAUUUGGGUCGGUAUCAGGAUCGGAAUUUCGAAUCUUUCUACAAACAUCCGCCAGCUCCACAGUAUACAGUCUUCUUCAUUGACAUGGUACACAACUUAUCUUACUGCCCAGUAUACAAGGCUGGAAGUACCACAUGGUUUUACAAUUUAUGUUUGCUGAAUGGAAUCCCGGAAGAAGCACUAGCUAACAGCAGUGGACAGAUUUCGAUAAUCGCACGAAGCGUCCUACCGGAAAUGGAAUUAUCAGAGGCCGUAGAGGCUUUGGAAAAAAGUCGCAAACUGCUUGUGGUUCGACACCCUUUUGAACGUUUGCUCAGCGCAUAUCGCGAUAAACUGGAAAAUUCUGUGGCGGGCAGGGAACAUGGGACUCUUCACUUUUAUAAGAAAUACGGAUCCAAGAUUGUCGCAAAAUUUCGAGAUGAGAGAAUUGCACCUCCAAGAUCUGAUCAGGUAAUCAGACCGAAGGACAUUCCUCCUCCCGCAGGAAUAGAGCCAACGUGGAGAGAGUUUGUCCAAUAUUUAAUCCACACGGAUUUGGCUAGUUAUGGAGAUGAUCAUUGGAUGCCUUAUUAUCUAUUUUGUACCCCGUGCUUGAUCAGGUUUAACAUCAUCGCAAAGUUACUUCUUCCUUGCCACAAACAAUUCAUCACGAUCAAUCUGAUGUGAAACAGGAGAUAACUAAUGAAGAUAAUGAGAACAACAAGAAUGAUAAUGGCUUAAAACUAUCUCAACACUCAGUGUCAUCAAGUUUUUAUAGUCUAACAUCACAUUCCAGUGGGUUGAAGCGAGCUUGUUCGGAUUCUGAGAGUGAACUCCCUGUACAUCCUAAAAUGAAGAAAAUCAACAUUUUAACUCCAGAACUGGUAUCAGCCCUAGAUCGUACUCAAACUAGGGAUAGGGGCUAAAUAUUGAUAGAUUUUUUAUUAGAUAGAUAUUUGCGAUAAUAUUAACCCUUUCGGCCCGAUCGGUGACUGUAGUCACCCAACGCCUGACGCUCGCUCUGUACGAGCGGUGACCAUGGUAACCCAACAUUUCACGCUCGUUAUGUACGAACGGUGACCAUGGUAACCCAACAUUAUGUUAUAAUUUUUUAAGCAUUUUUUUACGAGCGACUGCACUCGCUCUGCGUAAGAUAGCGUGGUAUUGUGCGUCUGACGGGCGCUUGCAGUUGUUCCGUAAGUACGGACGCCUGCCGCGACUGCUCGGUCAGCGGGGACGGCGCGACGUAGAAUGCGUCCGUACCGAAAGGGUUAAAGCAAUGUGUUUUGGUACAACGGCUACAAAUACUAGUAAAUUAUUAUAUUGUUGGAAUAAAUUUUUGACUUUAUGUUAU